AUGAUGCUGGCCAGCAUUACCAAAUACUUUAAAGACCGAUUUGGUCGCAGGAGACGCUCGAAACAGUCGAUUGACGGCGCUGGGUUCGAGGCCGAAGACCGCAAAUACCCUUUCACAAUCUCGUCAUGGGACGACUACCACAGCUACCGUCCCAUGCUACCGCCGUCCAUGUUUGCGGCGUGGAUCAAAUACCAUGAAGAACAUGGCGGCAAGCUCGACGCCGCUCAUGACAUUGGAGCCGGCUCCGGAACCGGCGCCGCGUUUCUCUCACAAGUCUUUGCCCACACCUACGUAUCCGACCCCGGCGAGGCCAACAUUGCCAUUGCGCGCACGCGGCUCCAGCCCGCGGACAACUUCACCUUUAACCAGGCGCCCGCCGAGGUACAGUGGCCCGGCCCGUCCACGGUCGACAUGGCCGUCGUCUGCAACGCGCUGCACUGGACCGACGUACCUGUCGUCAUGGCCAACAUGGCCGCGACGCUGCGACCCGGGGGCUCGUUUGCGUGCUGCAUGCAGGCAUUCCGCGUCAACUUCCCGCAGAGCUCAAAGCUUGACGCGCUGUGGCUCGAAGCGACGGAGACGGUCAUGAGCAAGCUGCACGGCGAGGGCGCGCUGAGCGACGCCAUUCUCGCGGGCAUCCGCAACUGCUACAGCGGGUACGAGGGCAUCGCGGUGCCGGAGGAGCACUUUACGGAUGUGCGCCGGUGGCAUGUCAAUGUGCGGGCGGGCGAUGCGACGCCGUACCGAUUUACAAAGGUUGGCGAGUUUGGAGAGAAUCCGCGUCAGGUCAAGGAUGGGGAGAGGGAGGAGAAUAUCGAGGAUCCUGGCUGGCAGAGGCAGGUGGAUGUCAACUGGCUUCGUGGCUUUUUGCGAACGACGACUCUGCCGCUGGGCGACGAUAUUUGGAAAUUACCGCCGUGGAAGGAGCUUGAGAGAGUGGUUAAUGAGGAGUUUGGUGGCCAGGUCACGGCCGAGUGGCCAGUGUAUAUGCUUCUUGCAACGCGGAAAUAA